AUGCUUAACUGUGCUCUUCGUGAACAAGAGUUUGAUGCUAUCAUAAGAAUAGCAUUUUUUAUUUGUGAUCUACAUCGACACAUUGAACAAGUCCAUUUGGAACAAUUUAAAGAAUGUCAAAAAGAAUUUAUCGUCUAUCGUGGUCAAAGUAUGACGCCAGAACAGUUCGAAAAGUUAAAAAAAUCAAAAGGUGGAUUAAUGUCGUUCAAUAGUUUCUUAUCAACAAGUAUAGAAGAAAAUGUUGGUUUACAGUUUGCUGAAAAAGCUUUAAGUGGUGAUCCCUCAGCUGCUAUAAAAAAAAUGAAAGCGAAAUUCUAUUCUUGA